AUGGAGACAGUCAACCGAACCAGCAGUGUUUCGGAAUUCAUCCUCCUGGGACUUUCCUCUAGGCCUGAAGACCAAAAGCCCCUCUUCAUUCUCUUCCUCAUAAUUUAUCUUGUCACUAUAACAGGGAACCUGCUCAUCAUUUUGGUCAUCCGCUUGGAUCGCCGUCUCCAGACUCCCAUGUAUUUCUUCUUGAGCUUCCUGUCUUUCACUGACAUUUGCUUCACAACAACCAUUGUCCCUAAGAUGCUGGUGAACUUUUUGUCAGAAAAGAAAACCAUCUCCUAUGCUGGGUGUCUGACCCAAAUGUAUUUUCUCUAUGCUUUGGGCAAUAGUGAUAGCUGCCUUCUGGCAGUCAUGGCCUUUGACCGCUAUGUAGCCAUCUGUGACCCCUUCCACUAUGUCACCACCAUGAGCCACCAUCACUGUGUCCUUCUGGUGACCUUGUCCUGCUCAUUUCCUCACUUUCACUCACUCCUGCACACCCUUUUGCUGAAUAGAUGUAUGAGACCUGACAACCAGAGCACUUUAUCUGAAUUCAUCCUCCUGGGGCUCCCCAUCAAGCCAGAGCAGCAGGGCGUGUUCUUCAGCCUGUUCCUGGCCAUGUACCUGACCACAGUGCUGGGGAACCUGCUCAUCAUCCUGCUCAUCAGACUGGACCCUCACCUCCACACCCCCAUGUACUUCUUCCUCAGCCACCUGGCCUUCACUGACAUCUCCUUUUCAUCUGUCACUGUCCCAAAGAUGUUGAUGGACAUGCAGACCAGACACAUAUCCAUCCCUUAUAAGAGUUGUAUUUCGCAGACAUACUUUUUCAUAUUCUUUGCUGACUUAGAUAGUUUCCUUAUCACUUCAAUGGCCUAUGACAGGUAUGUGGCCAUCUGUCACCCUCUACAUUACAGUACCAUCAUGAGUCAGAGCCUUUGUGUCACACUGGUGGUUAUGUCCUGGGCCAUUGCUUGUGCUUGUGCUCUUUUGCAUACCCUCCUCUUGGCCCAGCUCUCCUUCUGUGCUGACCCCAUUGUCCCCCAUUUCUUCUGUGACCUUGGUGCCUUGCUCAAGUUGUCCUGCUCAGACACAUCUCUCAACCAAUUAGUAAUCUUUACUGCAGGGUUGGCAGCCAUUAUGCUUCCUUUUUUAUGUAUCCUAAUUUCUUAUGGUCGCAUUGGAUUCACCAUCCUCCAAGUUCCCUCUACCAAGGGUAUCUGCAAAGCCUUGUCCACCUGUGGAUCCCACCUCUCAGUUGUGGCCCUCUAUUACGGGGCAAUCAUUGGUCUCUAUUUUCUGCCCCCAUCCAACAACACCAACGACAAUAACAUCAUUGCUUCAGUGAUGUACACAGUGGUCACUCCCAUGUUGAACCCCUUCAUUUAUAGCCUGAGAAAUAAAGACAUGAAAGGGGCUUUAAGGAAACUCUGGAAUAAGAAAACUCAUUCUGGUAUCUGA